CGUACCCCCGAACCAGUCGGUCAAAGAACAAGAAGUCAGAACCCACAACUUCUGGAAACCACUUUAGACGACUUACUACGUCGUACGAAGAACCAGAAGAAAGGAAGACAAACCGAAGUGGAAGGAGCAGAUAUCAACGAGUUCUUCACGCCCGGAGCACCAAACCCUCCAACUCCAUCAGUACAGACCAACCCAGCCAACCAACAAGAGAAGACCACCGUCACCCCGAACGCCGCUGCCAGUGAAACCAGAAAAACGCCACAAGUAACCGACGAAGAGCGUAUGGACAAUUCGGACCCGGACGACGAUCCUCAUGAUCCAAUUUACAUACCAUAG